GAUAUUCGAAAAUUUUUUGGAGUAACCUCAGUUGUCAAGAAAACUUCUAAUGAGAAGACUGAUAAAAAAGAGAGAUCUAAAGCCUCUGAAGAAGUCACAGAGUGCAAGAAGUCCAAAGAUAAGUUGCAGAGUUCAGCCAGCGACGAGGAUGUAAAGAAAAAGCAGCAAAUUAAGAAGAAGAGGAGGGCAAUCUUUGACUCAGAUUCUGAAGAUGACACACCACCUCCUAAGAAGUCCAAAAAACCUCAGGAGAUUUCCCCACCCAUCACGAAGCCUCUCAAAGUUAAAAAGCCAGACCCCGUUUUCUAUGUCUCAGAUACAGAUGAAGAAGACUUUGAAACCUUGAAAAGGAAACCAAAAGAAAAUGGAAGAUCUGCAUUUUCUCCCCCUCCAAAGCCUCAGGUUACAAACACCAAAAUCCAUGCUCCAGCCAAAGCCAAAACCCCAGAAAAGCGGGUGUGUACAUCAGUGGAGGAUUUCUUUGGCAUGGACAGUAUUAAGCGAUCCAACAAAAAACUUGUGGAAGUCAAGAAAGAAGAGCCUCGGAAAAGCAGUGCUGAUUCCACAAUGGAUGAUGAAACAAUUGCUAGACAGUUACAGCUUGCAGAGGAUGAAGAGCUGGAAAGACAAAUUCACGAAGACGAGGAGUUUGCCCGAACAUUGGCAAUAAUAGAUGGUAUGCCAAAAGUUAAGGGACCUAAGGUCAGCCCGAAGAAGGAGAGCUUAACAUCUGCUGAAAUAAGCCCAGCAAAGAGUGAAAAAAGGAUUUCGCCAGGCAGAACUUCUAGUCCAUCAGAUGAAUCUACCAUCAAGAAGGGAAAGGAUGUUAAAGAAGGAAAUAAGUAUGCCUCCAGUGCACCAUCUGAACAAUUAUUUUCACACAAAGGCAAAGCCUCUUCAGAAAAGACUUCUCCAGUGAAAAGCAGCUCCAAGCUGUCUCUGAUGAAACAAAAGGACGAAGCACAGAAAAUGGAGGCAGUAUCUAGCACAGUUAGUAAAUCCAAGGUCAUUUCUCCAAAGAAACAGCAUCCUAAACUCAAGGAUAUCACUCCAAAGAAAGAACAGCCUAAGGCCAUGGUUAUCUCACCAAAGAAAGAGGUGACCACACCAGUAAGAUCAUCUCAGCGGUACUCGGAGACCAGUCCUGAAGAUUCUGAAAAGAAGCGGGCUAACUUCAGUGCAUAUAGAAACUUUCUUAAUCGAGAAGGCCCUAAAGCAUUGGGAUCCAAGGAUAUUCCCCAGGGUGGAGAUAACUGCUUGGAAGGGUUGACCUUUGUCAUAACUGGAGUCUUGGAGUCCAUAGAGCGAGAUGAAGCCAAGUCCUUAGUAGAACGUUAUGGUGGAAAGGUAACUGGAAAUGUCAGCAAAAAGACCAAUUACCUCAUCAUGGGCCGUGAUGCAGGAGAAUCCAAACGUGACAAGGCAGAAAGCUUUGGGACAAAGAUUAUUAAUGAGGAUGGUCUAUUUGACUUACUUCGCACCUUACCUGGGAAGAAAUCCAAGUAUGUGAUAGCAGCAGAAGCAUCGGUGAAAGUGAAAACCGAAAAGACCCCAGAAAAGAAAAAGGAGCUAGAAGUAAUAAAACCAAGCCCGGCUAAGAGGAAAUUGACCCCACCGAAGAGAGAAUCACCACGGGGCAAGAAACUCGGAACUGACGCAAAGGUGUCAAGUGAUUAUGUAACGACAAGUAUAAAGCAGGAAGAGAAGCUAACGUCUGUCGGAUCUCUGGAAUCGCCAUCAUCUAGUGGCAAGACGGAGAGUCUGCUCUGGGUCGAUAAAUACAGACCAGCAACGCUAAAGGGGAUCGUAGGGCAGCAGGGAGAGCAGAGCUGUGCUAAUAAACUUAUUAGAUGGCUGAAAGGCUGGCACAAAAACCAUUCUGGAGACAAGAAACCUGUUGCAAAAUAUAACAAGUUUGGAGGCAAGGAUGACGGUUCAUCAUCUAAAGCAGCUCUGUUAUCUGGUCCACCAGGAGUUGGAAAAACCACAACAGCAGUACUUGUGUGCGAGGAGCUGGGCUACAGUUAUGUGGAACUAAAUGCCAGUGACACCCGCAGCAAAAACAGCAUGAAGCAAGUAGUGGCAGAAUCGUUGAAUAAUACCAGCAUUACAGGAUUUUAUUCAGGGGCAAGCAAGUCCGUAAGCGACAAACAUGUUUUGAUCAUGGAUGAAGUAGAUGGUAUGGCAGGAAAUGAAGACCGAGGGGGCAUACAGGAGUUGAUCUCUUUGGUCAAACAGACAAAGAUCCCCAUUAUAUGUAUGUGUAAUGAUCGGAAUCACCCUAAAAUCCGCUCACUGGCUAACUACUGCUUUGACCUCCGCUUCCAAAGGCCUAGAGUGGAGCAGAUUAAGGGGGCUAUGAUGUCUGUGGCAUUUAAGGAAGGACUGAAGAUCCCACCACCAGCUAUGAAUGAAAUUAUCCUUGGUGCUAACCAUGACAUUCGGCAGGUUCUUCAUAACCUCAGCAUGUGGAGUGCUCGCAAUAAGGCCUUGACCUAUGAUGAAGCAAAGAGUAAUGCAAACAAUGCCAGAAAAGACAUCAAAAUGGGUCCUUUUGAUGUUGUACGGAAGGUGUUUGGUAGUGAUGGAGACAAUUCUCACAUGACGCUUGUAGACAAGCUGGACCUCUUCUUCCAUGACUACUCCAUGGCACCUCUCUUUGUUCAGGAAAAUUAUAUCCAUGUCAAGCCAGCUGCAGCAGGUGGGAACAAGAAGAAACACUUACUACUGCUGAGCAAAACAGCUGACAGCAUAUGUGAUGGUGACCUGGUAGACAGGGCUAUCCGCAGUAAGCAGACAUGGAGUCUCCUGCCUACACAGGCAAUCUAUGCCAGUGUCCUGCCUGGGGAACUGAUGAGGGGCUACAUGUCUCAGUUUCCAAACUUUCCCAGCUGGCUUGGGAAAUAUUCUUCUACUGGGAAACAUGAUCGUAUCACUCAGGAGCUGGCUAUGCACAUGUCUUUGAGAACACGGGCAAGCAAGAGGGCUUUGAAUCUGGAUUACCUGCCCUACAUGAGGGACAGGCUAGUGCAGCCACUGAUAAGCCGGGGUUCAGAUGGUGUGCAGGAAGUGCUGGACCUCAUGGACACAUACUACUUGAUGAAAGAAGACUUUGAUAACAUUAUGGAGAUCUGCAGCUGGGGAGGAAAGCCGAGCCCCUUCUCCAAAGUUGACUCCAAGGUGAAAAGCGCUUUCACACGAAGCUACAACAAAGAGGCUCAUCUCACCCCUUACUCUCUGCAAAUGGUGAAAGCCACAAAACGAGAGGCGGCCUCAUCAUUGGAGUCGGAGUAUAGUGAGAAUAUGAAUACUGAAGACAAUCAGGCUGAAGAAAAUGAAGAGGAUGCAGAUGGGGAUGCCAUGAUUAAGGCAAAAAAGGCAAAAACAUCAAAACCUUCCAAAGCAGAAAAAGGUGGAGACAAAAAGCCGGCUAAACCGAAGACCAAGAAGGCCAAGUGAAGAAUGCGUUCAGUGGACACAGAGCGUGUCGGCAUGCA